AUGGAAUCGCUCAACGCAACCUUCUUUGCUGAGGACCGCCAGGUGGUUCUUCUCGUGGACAAUGCAGCGAGCCACCGUGGCGUGAUCCGUGCAGUGAAAGCCCGCUUUCGGCAGCGGGUGAUUGCUGAUUGGCUGCAUCGGUGGGACGACAGCGGGAGCAGCGGCACCCGCCAGACCGUGAAGCCAAAAUCUUGGCAGAUGGUCAUGUGGGUGUUUGAGUCUUGGGAUGAUGUUGAACCUGAGACAAUUCAGCGCUGCUGGUGGCACGCAGGCAUUCUUCCUCGUGCCUGGAUUCCCCUCUUCCCGCGCAACGUCACCGCUACUACAUCGGACCCGGCAGCCACUAGUGAGCAGCUCGACUUGCUCUCCACGCAACUCCAGCGCCUCAAUAUCGGGCCAGCAGCAAUGACGGCGCUGGAGUUCAACUCUGUUGACGACCAAGUUCCCACAUGCGACUUCUUUGGGCCUGAUCCGCUGGCGGACGAACCCCCUCGCACACACGGCAGUCCUCGUGCGGAUCCCGUCCAGCCAAGUGGACCGGCCGACGCGGACAUGCUCCGCGAGCGACGCCGCGUGGCUAGGAACGCCACUGAGAUCCUUAUCGGCUAUGCGCGGGCGUCAAGGAUCCUGCCAAUGGAUCUGGCGCAGAUAUUUGGCAUCAGCAACUCUGAUGUACUUGCGCGACUAGAUCGAGCCAGUCGCGCGUACCUGAACCUGAACAACCCCCCACCUAGCAGCGGCAGUUACGCUGUGGGUGAUGCACAAGAUGCAACGGCGGUUAUGGACGGCUUCGCGGAGGAAGCUGAAUGGCUCCGCGACUUCUAA